UUGAGGCUAUGUUUAGGUACCGCGUAUACAGAUUGCCUUUGCUUGACAUUUUUAGUUGAUCAUCUGGUAUUGAAAACAUAAUUCGUAUUCAGUAUCUAUUCAGUAUUUUAAAUUAAAUCUUUUUUUAAGAAGAAAAUGUCUAUUCAAACAAUCACUAGACAAAUACUUAGAGCUAAAAAAGCAUUCCGAGUAUCAUAUUCAUCGAAGGCUUCAAGUGCACCAGAAUACGAUUGGAAAGAUCCAUUAAAUCUAGAAUCCCUAUUGACAGAGGAAGAAAUUGCUAUUCGAGAUACAUUUCAUAAUUACUGUACUAAAACACUUUUGCCGCGUGUAAUACUUGCUAAUCGAAAUGAAAUAUUCCACAAAGAAAUAAUGACAGAGUUGGGUGAGCUGGGCGCUCUAGGAUGCACUUUAAAAGGCUAUGGAUGUGUCGAAGUUUCAAAUGUUGCCUGUGGUCUUCUCACUCGAGAAAUAGAGCGUAUUGACUCUGGAUAUCGAUCAGCUUUAAGUGUUCAUAAUUUGGCUAUUGGAGCUAUUUACGAAUUUGGCAGCGAUGCGCAGAAGGAAAAAUAUUUACCCAGACUAGCGAAGGGUGAACUGAUCGCAUGCUUUGGCCUAACUGAACCAAAUCAUGGAAGUGAUCUAUCUGGAAUGGAAACUCGGGCAAAAUAUGAUAGUCAGGCUAAAUGUUAUAUUCUUAAUGGCAGCAAAACUUGGAUUACGAACUCGCCUUUAGCAGAUAUUGCUAUUAUUUGGGCAAAAGGCGAAGAUCAAAAACUGCGCGGGUUCAUUGUGGAGCGAGAACAAUCAUUAAAGGGUUUGUCGACGCCCAAAAUUGAAGGAAAGUUUUCACUUCGGGCGUCUUCAACUGGAAUGGUACUUAUGAAAGAUCUUGCAGUUCCAGAAGAAAAUAUUUUACCCAAUGUUAUUGGCUUCAGAGGUCCAUUGACUUUGCUAAAUAAUGCUCGUUUUGGAAUUGCUUGGGGAGCAUUAGGAGCUGCUGAAUCUUGCCUUGAAAUUGCUAGGCAAUAUACUCUGGAUAGAAAUCAAUUUAAGAAGCCUUUAGCUGCAAACCAAUUAAUGCAAAAAAAAAUGGCAGAUAUGUCGACAGAAAUAGCUUUGGGAUUGUUGGCAUGUUUACAAGUUGGUCGUUUGAAGGAUAAGCACUUGCACACUCCUGAGAUGAUAUCAAUGUUGAAGAGAAAUAAUUCUGGGAAGGCGCUGGAUAUAGCACGUGUCGCAAGGGAUAUGCUGGGUGGAAACGGUAUUUGUGAUGAAUAUCACAUUAUAAGACAUGUCAUGAAUUUAGAGACCGUUAACACGUACGAAGGUACUCACGACAUACAUGCGUUGGUUUUGGGACGUGCAAUUACUGGAAUUGGUGCCUUAUCAUAGUGAAUUAAAUUAAUUUUCAUUACCAAUGAAGUGAUACAAAAAUUUGUUGAGUGUGAGAUGUUAUUGGUUAUAAUCAGAGAAAAGAUUUUUGUGACCUAAAAAAUUUAAAAAAAAGGCAAAUAAAAAUCUAUUAAAA